UGCCAUCUCUAACACGUGUGGACUUCUUCGACGUUAUUUAUUUUGAUUUAAAAAGCUUUAAAAUCAUGUCUUCGGAGCCCGCAGUUGCCAAGGAUGCAGUGCUGAGGCCCAGCGAACGCCUGGCGGAGGACACGCCCCAAGUCCAGGGCUAUGACUUCAACGAGGGCGUUAAUUACAGCAAGCUGUUCGAGUCGUACGUAAACACCGGCUUCCAGGCCACAAAUCUCGGCCUGGCCAUGCGGGAAAUCAACAGAAUGCUGGAUUGCAGGGCCCAGCCGCUGGAGGAGGAGCAGGAGGACCGCCAUGAAACGGAUGACUUCAUUCGGCGCCGCAGCAAGUGCACCAUCUUUCUGGGCUUCACCUCCAAUCUGGUGUCGUCGGGGAUGAGGGAGACCAUACGCUUCCUGGCCGAGCACCGGAUGAUUGACUGCAUUGUGACCACGGCCGGCGGGGUGGAGGAGGACUUUAUCAAGUGCCUGGCGCCCACUUUCAUGGGCUCCUUCGAGCUGAGCGGCAGGGAUCUGCGUGACAAGGGAAUCAACCGGAUUGGCAACCUGCUGGUGCCCAACGACAACUACUGCAAGUUCGAGGACUGGCUAAUGCCGCUGCUGGACGAAAUGCUGGCGGAACAGAAGGCAAAGGGCACUGUUUGGUCGCCUUCAAGGAUAAUACAUCGCCUGGGCGAAAGAAUUGGCGAUCCCAGCUCCAUCUACUACUGGGCGGCCAAGAACCAGAUACCAGUCUUUUGUCCCGCCCUGACGGACGGCAGCCUGGGCGAUAUGAUGUACUUUCACUCCUUCCGGCAGCCUGGACUCGUGGUUGACAUCCUGUCCGAUCUCCGGAGGCUAAACACCAUGGCCGUUAAGGCUGUGAACAGCGGGAUGAUCAUUGUGGGCGGGGGAGUCAUCAAGCAUCACAUCUGCAACGCGAAUCUGAUGCGGAAUGGUGCCGACUUCUCGGUGUUCAUCAACACCGCCUCGGAGUUCGAUGGCAGCGACAGUGGCGCCCGGCCAGAUGAGGCCAUUUCCUGGGGCAAAAUCCGCAAGGAUGCCACGCCCGUAAAAGUGUAUGCCGAGGCCAGUCUGGUCUUUCCGCUGAUAGUGGGCGAAACUUUCGCCAAGCGGCAUUUUGCCGGCAAAGAGCUGCCCGGGGAGACGACUAACCAAGUGUAAAUAAAAACCAGGACAACGUAA